AUGAAAAAGAUUGGGGGUGGCGGCCAAAAUAAGGCCUGUGAAAGUCAACUAGUCAGUAGCUCCACGUCAGGAAGCCGCAGACGUUGUGAGCCCAAGAAUAAAACACCGUCCUUGCAGGAACAUGCAAAAGAUUUCGAAACGGCCUUCUGCCCAGGCAUUGGUGAGGAGACCGCCCCGAAGCAGGCGUUCUUAAGUCGCGUCAAUGAAUGGAACGGCCAUUCAGCCCCGGUGUUUGCUGCGGGACCUCCAGGACCCGCAAAGCGCCAGCUCGCCCGAGUUCCCGGGUCUCGGGAAAGUGGAAUCCUGCAAGGACCUGACGCCGCAGUCGGGAAAGAUCCCGCUUCCUGUCCCCCGGAGUACACGGCGAGAGGGUGGCCGAGCUCCCCCUGCUCUUUGCAGGGGGCCGGGCUUGGGGACGGUGGCGGCGGUGUCAGCCUCUGGGCAGCUGCUCCCAGCGCGGUAAGGCAUCUUUACAUUUGUGAUUAUCAUAAAAAUUUAAUUCAGAGUGUUCGUAACAGAAGAAAGAGAAAAGGGAGUGAUGAUGAUGGAGGAGAUUCACCAGUUCAAGAUAUUGAUACUCCAGAGGUUGAUUUAUACCAAUUACAAGUAAAUACACUUAGGAGAUACAAAAGACACUUCAAACUACCAACCAGACCAGGACUUAAUAAAGCACAACUUGUUGAGAUAGUUGGUUGCCACUUUAGGUCUAUUCCAGUGAAUGAAAAAGACACCUUAACAUAUUUCAUCUAUUCAGUGAAGAAUGACAAGAACAAAUCAGAUGUCAAAGUUGAUAGUGGUAUUCACUAGGAGAGAUGGAAUUGAGACUGAGACUUGGAUAUGCAGAUGUUAAGACUGUUUACUGUUUUUCACAUGUAGAAAUAAAUGUCCCUGUGUAUUUUUUCUACAGAGGAUUUUCUCUGGUUUUAUUUUCUUUGUUUCUGACUCUAAUAAUUAGUUGGAAACUCAUGUAAAGAAGCUUUCCUAGAUUAACAAGUAUUUUAAAUAAAAGUAUUACUAUUAUA